AGUUGGCGCAUCACUUCACAACACAAGUCGCAAGCAAACUCACCGAAUGUCAAUUACUUAGUGCGUGUUCGAUAGUCAAUCGUUUCGGACUGCUGGCUCUUAAAGCAGCGUGUCGACAGGUAGUGCACAUUUGUAUAGAAGCGCCACACGUUAGCAUAUAUGCCGAGGCCUUUUGGCUUUAUCGUAACAAUUUUUCCAACGAGUUUCCUGUCGUUUCCAAGAAUUUUCAAAGAACAAUCUGCAGUUGUAGCCUUACUUUAGGAUUCUACCAUGUCCAGAUCUCAAAGCAACAUUGUUGUUAGUUAUCAUGACUGCAUUUUACGAAAAGAAGAUAUCCACCUGCUUGAAGGACCUCACUGGCUCAAUGAUGCAGUUAUAGGCUUUUACUUUGAGUACCUUGGCCAAAAAUACAGAUAUUCAAGAUUACUCUUUGUCAGUCCAGAAUUAACACAGCUACUCAAAUUAACUGAUUCGAGUGAAUAUUCAGUUUUUCUUCAGCCCUUGGAAGCCACGUACAAAGAUUACUUAUUCUUUCCUCUGAAUGAUUGUAGCAGUAGAUUGUCUUCAGGAGGUUCUCAUUGGAGUCUUUUGGUAUUUUCAAGAUCUGACAAAACUUGCUUUCAUUUUGAUUCAUCCAAAGGUAUGAAUGGAAUGGUUGCAAGGGCAUUUUCAAGAGAUAUUUCAAAUUACUUGCUGGACAGAACUGGACAGUAUGUAGAAAUAGAUUGCCCUCACCAAGAGAAUGGUUAUGAUUGUGGCUUGUUUGUGCUUUGUUUUGCCGAGGUCAUUGCUGAAUGCAUCCAAAAAAGGUACAAAAUUGAAGAAUGUAAAUACGAUAGUGUGAGAAGGCUAGUUUCAGAGAAAAGAAGAUCUCUAUUGAAUCUCAUAAAUACCCUGAAAAUUACGCAUUAGUUAGAAAAAUACAUAAUUGUCCGUGCUUUAUACUUAUAACUACUAAAUAUUAGACUCUUUAUUAAAUCUUAUUUUUGUAAGAUUAACUAUAAAUUAAUUUAUAUAGCUGUGAUAAAUACUGUUGAAAUAUUAGCUGGACAGAAAGUAGACAUCACUUUAAUAUACUACGCGCAUAAAUUAAAUACAAAAUGUACCUUAAAAUCAUAUUACACACUUAUUAUAAUACUUAAAACGUAAAUUGAAAUGUGUACUAUCAUUGCAGCUGAUAAGUUUUACAAAUUUUAUUUAUGUCAUAUUCUAGAAUUUAAAGCUUUCAGCAGCGCUAAUAUGGAUGUAAAAAAUAUAUAUAAAUAUAUAUAAACAUAUAUAUGUUUGUAUAAAUAUGUAUUGCU